ACAUGCGCACGUAGCUCUGUUUUGCUUCCUUCGCGCACAUGAAACAACCCAACGUGGCUUGUGCGAGUUACUAGAAAUUCCUGCAGUAAUGUCAAAAUCACUGAAGUUAAAUGUUCACUGAAGAAAACAUUUUUUAUAAAACACCACCUGCAGCUAAACGAGCCGUUUAGCACGUGAAUCAACUGGUUUAGUCGCCUCAGGGUCUGACUGUUCUCGGGCAAUCAUGUUUAAUGAAGAUGAAGACUGGAAUGACGAACCAGACGCUCAAAUCCUGAGUAAAACUGUCCUCAAAAACACUCAGAAGGAGAACAGCAGCACCAAUGUCAAGUCAAAGGUUGUUGGAAAAAAGAGCCUGCUGCGGACCCUGCAGACACUGGGAUCAGUACCUGAGUGGAAGAGCGACGACCGUCAGCAGGACAGCGACAGUGAGACGGAAACAGCCCCAACACACAGUAAGAAGAAGAAGAAAAGAAGGAAAAAGAGAAAACAUGCAGCAACAUCAGGAGAGCAGGAGGAGAACGGUGACUUAGAUCAUUGCGUCACGGAGGAGAAAACUGAAACAAAGAAAAGAAAGAAAGACAAGAAAUUUGGGGCCCCGAAGGCAAAAACCACAUCUGCAGACGAGGCAAAUGGAGAAGCAAUCAUAAAAUCUGCAGACAAACCGGAGAACAAAGACAAACUAAGCAGAAAGCAGUGGAAAAGCAAAAUGAAGAACAAAAGGAAAUGUAAAAAUAAAUACCGGCAGAAUAAGCCUGACGAGGAAGUAAACAAAGCAGAAUCUGCAGAUAAACAAACACCAAAGGAAGAAGUUACACCAGAUUCAUAUAGCGACAACAGAAACAGUGAAAAAACACCGACCCAGACAGAAACCCAGAAACAGAAAACAGGGAAGACACGUAAACCACAGAAAAGGAAAAACACCGAAGAGGAGACUGACAUAUGUGGCACAUCAGAAGCACAAACACGCAUAGAAGAAAAGCAGCUGACUGAAAAAGAGAAAAAAACAAAGAGCAGCAAUAUUGGAAAGGGUGCAACUGAAUCUUUUAAUAACAUAACAGAACAGAAAGUGGAAAUCAAAAAUGAGCAGCAGCACCAAUCGCCCGCAAAAAAACUGAAACCUGAGCUGAGCAAAGAACAGAGUGUGAAAAGAGAGCAGCUGCGUAAACUUCUCAACAGCCAGGAAACGAAGCAGCGAGAGAGUCCCGCGGAGCAGAAAGAGGAGCCGAUAGCACCGGAGGAAGAGGUGAAACAGGACCGCUCUUCCUCCCUCAGGUUCCGCAUGGAGCAGCGCUUGGAGUCUGCUCGUUUCCGCUACAUUAAUGAAGUUUUGUACAGCACGUCCAGCGGCGAGGCAAAGCGUAUGUUCCACCAGGAUCCGCAGGCGUUCUCAAUUUACCACAGGGGAUACACGGCACAGGUUGAGAGGUGGCCAGCCAACCCUGUGGAUGCAAUCAUCUCUUACAUUAAGCAAAAACCUGCCUCUCAAGUUGUUGCAGACUUCGGCUGUGGCGACUGCAAGAUCGCCCGCAGUGUGAAGAACAAAGUGCACAGCUUCGAUUUGGCAGCCGCCUGUGAUCUUGUUACAGUGUGUGAUAUGGCCAACGUCCCACUUAGAGACAGGUCUGUGGACAUCGCUGUGUUCUGCCUUUCUCUCAUGGGGACCAACCUGGCAGAUUUUCUGGCAGAGGCCAAUCGUGUCUUAAAGAUGGGGGGUGUCCUUCAAAUAGCAGAAGUGGCGAGUAGAUUCGACAACGUGCGCAGCUUCACCACUGCACUGGCAAAUCUGGGAUUCAAGUUGGUGUCCAAGGAUACAGAGAACAGUCAUUUCUACUCCUUUGAAUGUGUGAAGACGGCAGAUGCUCCAGAAAAUGUCAAGAAAUUUGGACUGCAGCUCAAACCCUGUUUGUACAAGAAGAGAUGAGCACUUGAAAGGACUUCAUAAAAUUGUCUGUGUGAUAUUUUA